AUGUUCCUGUUUACAAUGAGAUGUUGUAUUUUCCUUAUUAUUCUUUUGGUGGGAGUUUAUUCGAAAACAGAAGUAUGUCCAGUUGCCUUAAGGAGCAAGAUGCAGAAUUUUGUAAGGCAUGCCUCGAUAUGGUAACAACCAAGGCUCCCACAACGACUACUAUAACUACUACUACCCCAGUAGCUACUACUGCAAAAAUUACUCAAGCAGCAGUGCCCAGAACCACGGUUUCUCCUGUCAAUAAUGGAUGCGGAGCCGUCUGGACAUUUUUCAAUCGACCUUCUGGGGGAUGGUGCAUCAGAGUUUUCACAGGAAACCACAACGCUAAAGUUGAUGCUGAGGGAGCUUGUGCAGCUGUUGGUGCGACUCUAACUGGGCUGCAGAACAAAGCUGACGCAUUGUUCAUUCAGAACGCUCUCCUCUCCCAAAUCCCACAACGCAGUGCCUCCGUGUGGAUUGGUAUUCAGCGUACCAAAGCUUGUGUGAACAAACCAAUUACCGUCAAUUGCACCAUAACUAACUCCUUUGAAUGGACUGACAACUCCACAACUGGCACUGACGGAUUUCUGUUCACACAUGAACAACCUGAUAAUCACUAUAUAAUGCAAAGUUGUGCCAUUCUCUUAGCAUCCAAAGAUCCUGAAAUUGUGUUAAAUGGUACAUAUCGUGCAGCUACACUUGACGAUGUGAACUGUGUCACUCCGUUUCCCAUUCCAGUAGUCUCGGAAAAUACGUGGAUAUGCUUGCGGAAAGCGGAAUAUUUGUGAACCUGGAUGGAGAUUCUUUGAUCGGCCUUCGGGGGGAUGGUGCAUGAAAGUGUUCAAUGAAUUCCAUGCAGCAAAAGCUGAUGCUGAAAGAGCUUGUCAAGAUGUUGGAGCCACACUUUCAGGGCUUCAAACCCCAGAAGAAGCAGUGUAUAUUCAAUCGUCUUAUCUUGGGCAAGUUUCACAAGACAUUGGCUCGAUAUGGGUUGGCGUUCAACGUAAAGCGGAUUGUAUGAAUCAGACAAUGGCAGCCGAUUGUAGCAAAAAUACCGCAUUCGAAUGGACCGACAAUUCGGCAACCGGCACUGCUGGAUUGGUUUUUCGAGGUGGAAAAACUAUUAUCACAUCGUCCGACCAAAACUGUGCAAAACUUCUGUUUUUGAGAGCACCAAUUGUUUCCACGGCUCCAUUGGAUCUAGUGAACUGUGUCGGAAACUUUGCCCCAUCACUUGAAGAUCGUAAAACUUUUGGAUUUGUUUGUGGAAAACGUGCUUAAUU